AUAACUUUAUAUCAUUUGAAAGUUAUUUAGUAUCGAGUGGUGAUUAAAAACGGUUGUGUUUUCGCUCAGAGAAAUAUUUAAAUUAAAAUUAUGUUAAAAUUUGUGAUAUCCUUUUUGUUAUUGAGUGUUUGUUUGCAAUGCUCCUUGGCAGCUAUAAUCGAUUGUCAAAGGCCACCUCAAUUAGUGGACCCUGCACAAUGUUGCUUAGAUGGUGGCAGAGAUGAAGUAACCGAAGCUUGUGCUCGUCGCAUGGGUAUAACGGGACAAGCAAGUGAUGCCCCACCAACAGUAGAAACUGCUACAUGCCUGGCCGAGUGCAUUUUAACCGAAGCAAAGUAUAUGCAGAAACCAGAAAGUUUGGACUUAAGUGUUAUACAAACAGAUUUACAAACUAAAUUUGCCAAUGAUACGAUCUAUGCCAAUACCAUGGCUGAUGCUUUUAGAAAGUGUCAACCGAAUGCUCAGAGAAAAAUGAAGGCGUUCAAACAAAUCCCCUUGGGUAAUGCAGCACUACAAAGAGGCUGUAGUCCAUUUGCCGGCAUGGUAUUAGGUUGUACCUAUAUGGAGUAUUUUAAAAAUUGUCCAGCUCACCGAUGGACCGAGAGUGCUGAGUGUAAUUUGGCUAAACAGUUUUUAACGCAAUGUGCUUUGGGAGCUUAAAGAAUAUUUCGAUAUUUUUGUUUUGUUAAAUUAAUAUUAUUUUAUGUAAUUCUUUAUUUUUUAUUGUUAUCUCAAUCAAAAUUAUCACCCCAUUCGUAAAGAUAUUCAAACAAACAUAAAAAAGAACAUAAUUACAAA